CACUGACUCUCAAGUUGAUCACGCUUCAGAAGCUCUCGAUAUCUUCAUUUUCAGCUACUACAUACCACUGUACAGGCAAAUACUCCAUGCAUGCGUGCCUGCUCAUUCCUGAGAUCAUAAAACUCAUUUUCUGUGACAUCUUCUACUCCUCUGGCAACUUGGAGGUUGGAUAUCGACCUGACCGGAGGGUUUCGCGAUGCUCUCUAGCUGCUCUUUCUCGUGUCUGCCAUUCGUUCAAAGAUAUAGCUUUGGAUGUGCUAUGGACCGAGCUGAAUGAUUUGGAACCACUCUUUUCUUGCCUUCCACAAGAUCUGUGGACAAAGACUCGUGAGGGGAAGCUUGUCAUUCGGAGAACUGUGACCAUUGCAGAUUGGUCUAUCUUCGAGCGAUAUGCAUCUCGGGUGCGAGUUCUUGGACAUUCAAAUAUUUUCGGGGGGGUAGAUGCAGAGUUUAUUCACGCCAUAUUGAGUUUUUCUUCACAGUCAAUUUUGGUUCCAAACCUUCGACUGCUCGAAUGCGGAGAAUGUCCUCGUGAUCUCCAUUCAUGUAUGCGUUACCUCCUGGGUCCCAACCUCGUCCGUCUCCAUCUGACAUCCAAGGAAGAAGCUUUUUGGACGCCCAUCAUGUGUUCAACGCUAUCAAGUCUCUGCAGGCGAUCACCACGACUGCAAAUCGUCGAACUAGCUGCGACGUCUUCUGGAGUCAGUGAGCUUGCUCUUCGUGAGCUCCCGUACCUACGGAACUUGGAGCUUACCUUGCACGGCAACGAAGAUUUUUCCUGGCUAUCUUGUCUCGUUGGCCUCCAAGAAUUGUCUGUUGAGAUCACAGCACCUUUCGCUCCCGUCAAGUCUCACUUUCGUGCCCAGUCUAGCCUGAACCACUUAGUAAUCCACUCAUCCACUUUGACCUUGAUCGGAAAAAUGGUAGUGGGUUGGGUUGUUCCAUGCACACAGCUGAUCCUCUUCUCCGAAAUUCCUGAAACUGCCCCUGCCGUCGAACGCGCCCUGCGCGAGUUGACAGAUCGCGUACUUUUCGAUGGUCUGAAAAUUAUCGUGCUGUAUGUGUACGAGGUUCCCGACCUUAUCGACAACGCAUUCACCCUCCGCACAUUCACUCCCCUCAUGCACUUCUCUAGUCUGAAAGAGAUUAGCCUUGAGCGUUUUUGCAUGUCGUUGCUUGAUGAUGACGCACUUGGUUCCAUCGUAAAGUCAUGGCCAAACCUCGAGAAUCUUUAUCUUGGAACAUGGAGGUUUUGGAAGACACCACCCAAAAUCACUUUCAGGGGCCUCGUAGCCGUUUUGUCGUCUUGCCCCAAUCUCAGGAAGCUCGGUUUGGUGUUUGACGCCAAGAAGGUAGCUCUUCCUACGGCUGAGAAACCAGGAGGUGGUGUUUCCAACACGAAUAUCACGACCUUUGGGGUCGGGUGCUCUCCGAUAGCACGACCUCUGCAAGUCGCGGUCGCACUUUCGGCGGUCUUGCCAUGCUUGAAAGAGAUCAAGGUCGAGUCCGCAUUGCCCGAGAGGCCGGACAGAAUGGCGCGACAGGUGAAGUGGGACGAGGUAUUGGAGGACAUUAGUGUUUUUACCCUGAUCAGGAGACAGGAGGGUAUGCGUCUUUGAUGCCACGGGCUUGGAGUUAGUCUGCACUCAUAGAGAAGAUCGACAUGCAGAGUCACUGGUCAACUUGCUUUGCCCUAGGUAAACCAUUGUACUUCGCUAUUUUACACACUGCUCAGCGGAGGUCAUGAUUACCUCCUAUCAAAGUGAUGUGUUUGUGUAUGUUUUGCUCAUGGUACCAAGUGGCUUUUCAAACAAGCAACGAGGCCGGCAAUAUUUUAGUAUCGGGG